AUGCUUUCAGUGAGCUACCGACUAUUGACUCGGAAACAACACAUUAUAUACACGCGUGAAACGGUUGGAUUUUUUUUUCAUUUUGAAAAAUAUUGAAAUUCAAAUUAUUUUAUGUAUACGACAUUUAAUGUGCGAUAUAGAGAUACAUUUUCAUAUUCGAAAAUUGUUUAUGAGAAAUUUUUUUUUUUUUUAAUUUUAAUUGAGAAAUAAAACUCGUAAUAAUUUUCUUUUGAAACUUAAACCAAUUAAUGAUGGGAUUAUCAGUGAUUAUGAAAGGAAUUUGAAGUGCUAAUAAAAGAAGUGAAUCGUUUUUUAAAUUAGUUUUUUUGUCUUUUCAAUUUGAAUAAAAACAAAAAUCUUAAAAAAAGAAACAACAAAAAUUGGUCAAGUUUUGUGCCUAAAAAUGUAUAAUUACCCAAAAUUUUGUGGGAAUGAAUUGUGAAUUAUUUAAAACUGGAAUCAAAGUGAGAAACUAAAACUAUUUUUUUUUGCAAAACCAAAUUAGACCGAUUCGGAAACAACAUUAAAUUGAUUUUAUAUCAAUAAAAUCUCACAAAACGAUUUCAGCUCCAUUCAACGUCUUUGAAGAUUAUGCUUCAACGAACUCUUUGGUGAAUUGUGUAAAAUUUAUUUGAAACGGUGAAAAUGUUGCUCUUUGAGCGAAAAACUUUGGAUAAACUUUCGUCGGUGAUGUUCUUCAUUCUACUAAAUUCGGUGACCGGCAGAAAAUUGCCGAUCAGCGAACAUGAUGUUAUCAGAAUAAAUUUAGAAAACGACAACACCAUAAGGAGAACCGUGCCAUUAUUUGCGGAAGUUGUAUUGAGAUGUAAUUACGAAAGUGUAAUUUGGUUAAAAAAUGGGGAAGAAAUUCCGAAUACAGAAAAUUUAAAAAUGUUACGUUUCGACAAGAUUAGAAAAGGUGACAGUGGACUGUACUCCUGCCAAUCCGAACAUGGCAAAUGGUCAAAUAUUACUUUGACCGUGACACCAACUGGAGAAAAGAAAAAGUUGAAUAACAAAGCAGUUGCCAUCAAAGACGAGGAAAAACUUCAAAAUGACGAUUUUGGAAAUAACAUGGAAAUCCAAUCCCAAGUCGUUGGAAGUUCGUCGCCAAUGCUGAAAGCUUUAUCGGAAAGAGCAAAUUCAUCUAGGGUAAAUGACGAGAAGUUCCGAGUCAAUAUGGCAUCAGCUAGGCCAGCUUUACUAAGCCGAAGAAAAAUGGACGACACCGACAAUAACAGUGACGAACAAAACGAUAAAAAUGAGCCACAGUUGACCGACAACGUCGACAACGAAGUGAACGACGACACUGAAGAUUAUGUGGAAGAGCCGUAUGAAGAGGAAGAUGGCCCACCAAGAUUUAUCAAUCCCGAACGCUUUACCAGACUUUAUGCAAAACUGUCCGGUAAUAUGAUUCGAAUGAAAUGCCCUGCAACGGGGACACCCAUGCCGAACAUCACAUGGACGAAAGACAGUCAACCGAUUGUACGAAAUAUGGGCGUGCUAAGUGUAGGGAAAUGGAGCAUUGUACUGGAAGAUUUGGUUCCAAAAGAUUCCGGCAAUUACACUUGCACCGUCUGCAACUAUAAGGGUUGUAUCAACUUCACGAUGGUGCUGAAUGUUAAAGCUUUAUCGGAAAGAGCGAAUUCAUCUAGGACAAAUGCCAAAAAUGAGCCACAGUUGACCGACAACGUCGACCACGAAGUGAACGAAGACACUGAUGAUUAUGUGGAAGAACCGAAUGAAGAGGAAGAUGGCCCACCAAGAUUUAUCAAUCCCGAACGCUUUGCCCGACUUCAUGCAAAACCGUCCGGUAAUAUGAUUCGCAUGAAAUGUCCUGCAGAGGGAACGCCCAUGCCAAACAUCACAUGGACGAAAGACAACCAACCGAUCGUGCGAAAUAUGGGCGUGGUGAGCCUACGGAAAUGGAGCAUUGUGCUGGAAGAAUUGGUUCCGAAAGAUUCCGGCAAUUACACUUGCACCGUCUGCAACUAUAAAGGUUGUAUCAAUUUCACGAUGGUACUGAAUGUUAAAGAUAGAUAUCCCUUUCCGCCGUAUAUAUUGAACGGAUAUCCGAAAAAUGUAACGGCAGUUAAAAAUUCUACCGUUUGGUUCGAAUGUCCAAUAUUGAGUGAUAUGGAACCGCAUUUUUCGUGGGCUAAAGUAAAUGCUCUAACAAAUGACACAAAUGGAACUAUUUUUCCGAAUAGCACCAUUUUGAAGCCGGACGAGGAAGAGAAAGAUAAAUUGAAACUUGAAAAUGUAACACACGCUGACGAAGGAUGGUACACAUGCGUUGCGUCUAAUAGUUUAGGAACGACUGCAGCUAAAGCUUAUCUGCAUGUCGUUGAUGAAUUGGAACGCGAUCCGAUAUUAGCUCCGGUUAACUCCAGUCCCGUAUUUACAAUCGCAGUGAUUGUGAUACUGGGUACGUUCAUUAUCGUAACUGUCAGCAUAAUGGUCAUUCAAUUCCGGAAAAUUAAACAUGAAAAAUUGAUGAAACAUCGAGCAAUGGAAACCGUUCAUCAAUGGACGAAGAAAAUUAUCAUUGUUAAGCCGAUGACAGACAGCACAAAUCCGCAAGUUAUGCAAAUCCCAAUCGUCAAAAUUGAAAAGCAACGAACCACAAUGAUCCAGUCGUCGCAGAACAGCGACCAGAAUCCAUUCAGCGAAUAUGAGUUUCCAUUGGACUCGAAUUGGGAAUUUCCCCGGAAUAACCUUUCGCUGGGCUCGACACUGGGCGAAGGCGCGUAUGGACGCGUUGUAAUGGCCGAGGCGAACGGUUUAAUGAAGAAUCCGAGCAGUUCAAUUGUUGCCGUUAAAAUGGUAAAAGACGAACAUACCGAUGUCGAAAUGGCAAGCUUGGUCCGUGAAAUGGAAGUGAUGAAAAUGAUCGGCAAACACAUUAAUAUCAUCAAUUUACUGGGGUGUUGUAGUCAAGACGGGCCAUUGUACGUCAUCGUUGAAUAUGCUCCGUACGGAAAUUUGAAAGAUUUUUUGAAGAACAAUACACCAACAUCGGACGAUGUUGGACGGAUUAAUGACGAAGAAUGCAAACCAGUUUUACAGAAAGAUCUGGUCUCUUUUGCUUUUCAAGUGGCCAGAGGAAUGGAAUAUUUAGCAUCGAGAAGAUGCAUUCACAGGGACUUAGCCGCAAGAAAUGUGCUAGUUAGUGAUGACUAUGUGCUGAAAAUCGCCGAUUUUGGUUUAGCCCGUGACAUUCAAGAAUCUGAGUACUAUCGCAAAAAUACAAGUGGCCGACUGCCCAUCAAAUGGAUGGCACCAGAAUCGUUACGGGACAAGUUCUACGAUACCCAAAGUGAUGUAUGGUCGUACGGUGUCCUAUUAUGGGAAAUUAUGACUUACGGCGACCAGCCAUAUGCAAAAGUUUACUCAGAGCAUGUGUUGGAUUUCCUUCGGGUAGGCAAUCGAAUGGAAAAACCACAAAGAUGUUCGUUGAACAUUUACAUGUUGAUGCGACAAUGCUGGAAUUGGAAUCCGCACGAACGGCCAACGUUUACAGAAAUUGUGGAGAAUUUAGAUAAGAUUUUGGGAGCCACAGCCAAUGAAGAAUACUUGGACUUGGGUGUUCCGCUAUUGCAGACACCUCCAUCCAGUGACGAUGAUGAUUCGGAUACGGAAACAUUACGAGAACAGUCUUUACUUAGGUAUCCCUAUUAGAAUUACAGAAAAGAAGAGAGAGAGAGAGAUGGAGAGUCGUUUUUUUCAAGCAUUUUUCUUACAUUUCUCUUAAACUAUUAUGGUGCCCUCUGAAAGAAUUUUCUUUUCAUUGUUUUUAUCAGUAUUUUUAUUAUGGUUUUCAUUUUCAUAUUGAAAAUGGAAUUUUAUUUUACUUAAUAAUAUUUUUAUAGUCGGAUGAUGAGCAUUGAAAAACGUUUCAUGAACGGAUUUGCGUAUGAACAAAGACUGGUCAUCGAAAUUCAUUUUUUUUUAUUGUCUAAUUCAAAAUGGCAGUUGAAAUGUGGAAUUUUACGUGAUCAGACGCAGAAAUAAUAAAAUAAA